CCAAACAGACCAGUUAUUCUGCUCUCCUGUACGCACAACAGUUUGGAGACAGAGAGAUGGGCGCGCGCUGCCCUGGUGCCCGGAUUCAUCUUCACUUUAAAAAUCCAACAGCACGCGCAUGGCAAUUUCAGCACGGUCUCCGUGAACAGCGAAGGUGCGGUUGAUUCGGGGCGAUGAAGUUACAUUGGACCGUUUGAAAUCAAUCUGCAAGGACAGGAGCUUGCCUUGCAGAAUCAAAUAACUUAUAGAUUUUUAUUAAGAAAUUACUGAAUUGGAGGAUGCGCGUUUUAUACUCACGGUGAAAUUAUGGUUAUUUUAAAAUUAUUUCACCCCAGGAUUUCAAUUUAUGGACUCUCAGCACACUAGCAAUGGAUGCGUACAACAUUACGCGUGCCUUGGAUAUGGUGAUCAAUUUCAUUCAACAGAAGACAACCUUGGUCGGCAAGCAUUUUACGCGCAGCUUAAAGGAAGCACCUGAGGUUUUUUACAGCACUUGUCUUGAAUAAUGAGAGGAUUUGUAAUAGGGAUCAAAUGUGUCCUUGGUGUGUAGGAUAGUGAGCACACGGAAGACCGCGGAAAUUCAUCCCACAUAGAUUGAAAACUUUAUGAGAACAUCUGCGCGCUGCAGUAACUGGGAUUUGGUUUUGUGCAUUACCUAAACAUGGCACUAAGUGAAAACUGUAAAACACAGCCUGCUAAAGAGACAGGGUCCGUGCAAAACCCGCCGUCUGAUGUUAUUGAACUAAACGUAGGUGGGCAGGUGUAUUACACUCGCCUUCCUACUUUAACAAGCGUCCCCAAUUCCUUGCUGGGUCGGUUAUUCUCGACCAAGAAGGGGUCAUCGAACGACUUGGCGCGGGACCUCCGGGGACGUUAUUUUAUCGAUAGAGAUGGUUUUCUGUUCCGCUAUGUAUUGGAUUACCUGAGAGAUAAACAGAUCGUCCUUCCCGACCACUUCCCCGAGAAAGGGCGGCUUAAACGGGAAGCUGAAUACUUUGAACUCCCCAAACUGGUCAAACUUUUGUCUUACGAUGAGUCUAAACAGUUUCUGGACGACCCUUUCCACGGUGACUUCGACGACGCGUCGCUAGACAGCGAUCAGAGGAUAUAUUCCUCUUACUCUCUGGAUCGGAGGUAUGGAUACAUCACGGUUGGUUUCAAAGGCACAUGCGCGACACCAGGGGGCAAGAUCGGACAGACUGACCCCAAAUCCAAAAAAGUAGUACCUAGAAUCUUCAUUUGCGGAAGGAUUGGCCUCGCCAAAGAAGUGUUCGGAGACACCUUGAAUGAGAGCCGAGAUGCGGACAGACCCGAAGACCGGUACACAUCCCGGUUUUUCCUGCGAUUCCGUCACUUGGAGCGAGCCUUUGACAUGCUGUCGGAGAGUGGGUUCCACAUUGUCGCCUGUAAUUCCUCUCUCACCGCGUCCUCUAUCAGCCAUUAUGCACCAGACAAAGUCUGGUCCAACUACACGCAGUACGUCUUCUACCGUGGCUCGCCCAGAUGGUCUUCGUCCCACUGCGACUGCUGCUGUAAGAGCCACAAGAGUGAACGUGGAGGAGAGAGCGGCACCUCCUUAAACGAGCUGUCCACUUCCUGCUCUGAGACCCAAUCAGAGGCCAGUUCUCCUCAGGGAACAAUCAUACGCGGGCCCGUCAGUCGUCGGCCCCACCCAAUUGCCCAGACCCUGGACCGGCCGCCAAAGACAGGUCCCGUUCAGAUGCUUCAGCCGUCGGAGAUGAGGAGGAAGACGGACUUGCUCCGGGUUCGGAACACUGGGAUACGGGAGCACCGGGAGGCAGCGGCCAAGAGGAAAGCAAACAAGGAGAAGUUAACACCAGAGCAGGAGCUGGAGAGGUGCAUCCAGGACUUCCGCAGGAUCAGAAUUCCGGAGCGCUUCCCAGAGAGGAAGUACUUGUGGCAACAAGAGCUGCUUAGGAAGUACCGUCUCUGAUUGGAGAGGGA